AUGGCGAAAGCUAUGGAAUCAAACUCGAAAUCAAGGAAAGAAAGCAUUUUGAUCAAAUACGCCAUCUUCUCGCGGCUCCUCGUUCUGAGCUUAACCAUUUUGUGGCGGAACUUUCUCCAACCAUACGAUACAUCCGCCGCACUGAACCCACCUUGCCUGUAUCACAAAGACGUCGCCGAAGAUCCUCCUCCACAACUUGUAGCCAAUGCAAUCUCCAAGGCCCUUGAAAAUAGUGUAGUCUGGGACAGUGUGUAUUUCCUCCGAAUCACGCAAUGUGGAUACGAGUAUGAGCAGACUUACGCCUUCUUGCCACUGCUUCCCUUCUUCAUCUCCCUUCUCUCUCGCACAGUUUUUGCUCCUUUGGUUCCAUUGAUUGGUCUUCGAGCUGUAAUGGUGUUGUCUGGUUACUUCGUUAGCAACUUGGCCUUCGUAUUGGCUGCUAUCUAUCUAUUCAGGGUUUCAGUUAUUAUCUUGAAGGACACUGACGCAGCAUUCAGAGCUUCAAUUAUCUUCUGUUUCAAUCCAGCGUCCAUAUUUUAUUCAUCAGUAUAUUCAGAGAGUCUGUAUGCUCUUUUCUCAAUUGGAGGCGUGUAUCACUUGUUAAUCGGUACCAGCAAUGUAGCCGUUCUUUGGUUUGCUCUCUCUGGUUGUGCAAGGUCCAAUGGAGUUCUUAAUGCUGGUUAUAUCUGUUUCCAGACGAUGCAUCGAGCAUAUGAAGCUUUAUAUCAGAAAAGGCGCGUUGGUUUGACUGUGCAGGUUUUGGUUGCUGGAUUUCUUAGAUGCAUAUGCAUUUGUCUUCCUUUUGUGGCAUUUCAAGCAUACGGAUACUAUAACAUCUGUCAUGGACAUAACCUAGAUGACUUGAGACCUUGGUGCAAAGCAAGGGUACCUUUGAUGUACAACUUCAUUCAAAGUCAGUAUUGGGGAGUAGGCUUCCUUAGAUACUUUCAAUUUAAACAGCUCCCAAACUUUCUGCUCGCAUCCCCAAUUCUCUCUCUAGCUGUAUGUUCAGUUAAGAGUUACAUGAUGUCUCGGCCUGAGCUAUUCCUUUCGCUGGGCUUUCAAGCUACUGAGAAAGAAAAGAGAUCUUCUGCAAGGCUUUAUUCUCUGAAGGAUGCAGUUGAAACAGAUGGUAAAACUUCAUCACAUGAAGGAAACCGUGACUUUAGGCAGCGGAAACCUAGCAGAAAGAAGGAUGCGACUGUGACAAAUGUGGCUGCGGAAUCCACCUCUCCGGAAAAAUCAGGAUACUUUUCAGCUGAUGUUUUCCCUUUUGUUGUUCACUUGGGUCUAAUGGCAGGCACGGCAUUCUUAGUCAUGCAUGUUCAGGUUGCAACGCGGUUCUUGUCAGCGAGCCCUCCUCUAUACUGGUUUGCAUCGCAUUUGAUUGCAUCUCCUAAAAGCAGUAAAUGGGGAUACUUGAUAUGGUCAUAUUGUGCAGCCUAUAUCCUUCUUGGCUCUCUUCUCUUCUCAAACUUUUAUCCCUUCACAUGA